GAUAUACAUUUACAUUGAGUUAAUUAACUAGACAACUAUUUGCUACAAUUAAAGCUUUUUUCGGAAAGGAAACAUUUGUAGAUUGAUCAUGAAAGCACGGCUUCUUGCAUUGAAUGUAUGCGUUUGCUUCGUUAUUGGACUGACAAAAAUUGCAGCGCAGGACACGAAAGCUAAUCUUAUUCUACCUCCAGUGUGUGCCGCAGUUCUCUGUGCGGCUCCGAUUUGUGAUGACUAUUAUACACCAUUAGGAGAAUGCUGUCCUGUAUGCAGAGACUAUAAAACAUGCUCUUAUAAAGGAAAGACCUACACGAACGGCGAAAGUUUCAAAGACAAGUGCAACACGUGUCACUGCAGAAACGGUGCAGCGAUAUGCACUAAAAUAGGAUGUCCAGACAUCGUUAAACCUGGAGUGUGUCCGAAACCAUGGAGGUUUGCUUCCGGCGGCACAUGUGUUGAAAUGUGUUCGUCGGACUAUGAUUGUCCAGACGAUCUGAAAUGCUGUUCACAAGGUUGCGGACGUAUUUGUAAGAUUCCGACAGGAACACAAACAGGUUGCUUCGCUGGUGGAAAACGAUAUAAUGAAGGUGACCACGUGCCAAGUAAAUCAAGCGACCCUUGCAAGAGGUGUACCUGUAAAAGUGGCUCCAUCCGUUGUGAAAUACUGAUGUGCCCAAUGUGUGUCGGUCAUACACCACCCGGAGCUUGUUGUCCGAUAUGCGGCACGUUUCCAAGGGAGGCAAUUCGUUAAUUGUUUGUCAAAUCUAAACAGGAGUGCGCGUUUCUGAGUAAACCAUUUUGUAACAGAAACGCUAUAACAUGAAAUACAUCCACACGUUUAAAAAGAAUAAAAAGAAGCUAUAUCGCCUUUCUCUAGUAUAAUUUCAAUAUAAUUGAGUUCGCUUAUUUAUAUUUUUAUCGUGUUUAUACAUUUGCAAGUAAAGCAUAUUUAAUC